AUGGCGAACGUCAAGAGCGAGAGGCGACCCAUCAAAGCGCAGAUUGCCAACAAGAUGUGGCGUUUUAUGGUGUCGGCGCUCCUCUUGGAGCUCUGCAAUCCAACGCUGCAGUUGGAAACGCUGGAUGUCACACGACAUUCUAAAAUGUGGCUGAACACGGCCCUGGGGGAGACGGUCCCUCCCUUGGACGCCACCAAGGAGCCCGCUUCACGAGGACCCGGUUCAGGUUCCUCGGGCUCGUCAGCGGACUUCGGCGAGCAUGCCAACCUGAAGUGGGUCCCUUGGAAUGGCUCACUGCCCGACGGCGCGGUGGCCAUCUUCAACGGCUACGUACAGCGUACCGACUACGUGUGCAAGGUGAAGUGUGAGGCGGGCUUCUUGACACAUGACGCCUGCCGCUACCCGUAUGCCGAUGAGGAAUUCCAGUCAACCUCCUUUGACGUGCUAGUCAACGUGGACCACUUUGAGUUCCUUGAGUGGGUAGAGGACUCAUAUGGCUCGGUCCCACCGCAUGCAGUCGAAACGUGCGACGGCGUUGACAUAUUCGUGGGCAAAAACAAGUAUGGACUUGGCAAGGUGGUGAGCCAGCAUGAAGCCUUCUUUCUUCCAUGGGAGGGUGAAGAGUACUGGUACAAGAACUACCAAGUUCUGCGGGUCAACCCUGACGUAUACAGCCAGCACAUCUCACACGUGGAGUAUGCCGUGGACCAGAUGGAGCUCUUCUACCACCCGCCCGAAACUCUGCAGCUCGCCAAAGUCACCAACCUGGAGUGCCACGCUGUGCAAAAGACGGUGACGCUGGAGAAAACCAGCGCCAGCGAGAAGACUUGGGACACUGGACGCCAGCUCCGCAAUGGCACCGUGUCCACCAUGAAGGCCAAGGUGCCCAUCCUGGGGCCCGGCAACGUGGACUUCACCGAGGAGCGCAUGGUCACUUUCUCCGAAGGGACCGGCCUCCUGGAGUCGAUCAGCCACUCAGUCUCCGUGGAGCUCCUGGUGCCGCCUGGCUUCUCGUGCGCCGUCAGAAUGGACGGACGCAAAAUGAGCGCCGAUAUCCCCUUCAAGGCCCGGCUGAGUCGCACAAACCACGACGGAGAUACUCACUGGACCUACAUCACAGGAACCUACGACGGUGUUGGCGUGGGUGAGAUCAACGCCGUGGUGGAGCGAUGCCAGCCAGUUGAAGAUGUUGUGCCGUGCCAGGCCAAUUGGAACUGA